AAUAAUGUUAAUGUGUCGAGGCCCAUCGAAACGUUUAUGUUAAAAAUCUUAACCUUUUAAAAAAAUAUAUUUUUCUAGUAUUAGAAAAGUUAUAAUUUUGUAAUUAAUUACUUUUGUAUUUAUUUAACAUUUUGAAAUUAACGUAGUUACAUAUUAAAAUGGUAAAAUUAUCACCAGAUUUAAUUCAACAGUCAAUGCAGUAUAUAAAUCCGGUCAGAGACCGCGAACUCGAUCUUAGAGGUUACAAAAUACCCACUAUUGAGAAUUUGGGAGCAACAUUGGAUCAAUUUGAUACAAUCGACUUCUCCGACAAUGAUAUUCGUAAAUUCGAUGGCUUCCCACUUUUAAAACGAUUAAAAACACUAUUCUUUAAUAAUAAUAGAAUUGUUAGGAUCGCAGAGGGUUUAGAAAAUUGUAUACCAAAUUUAGAAACACUUAUGUUGACUGGCAACAUGAUUCAGGAAUUAAGUGAUUUGGAACCACUUGUUCCUCUAAAACAACUUCAAAGCCUCUGUCUUUUACAAAAUCCAGUCUCAGCCAAGCCACAUUAUCGUCAAUAUAUAGUUUAUAAAUUUUCAUCGUUGAGAUUAUUGGAUUUUAGAAAAAUCAAGAAACAGGAGCGUGAAGAAGCAACCACUUUCUUUAAAAGCAAAAAGGGGAAAGAAAUGGCAAGAGAAAUUGCAAAGAAGGCAAAAGCACAGUCCCAAAAUAUGAAUGGUUUAGAUAAACCUGUGAUGACCUCAGAUGAGCGUAAUAAAAUUAGAGAAGCAAUCACAAACGCCACAUCAUUAGAGGAAGUUCAACGCCUUAGUAAAUUACUUCAAGCUGGACAAAUUCCUGGAGAAAAACAGAGAAACGGUGAUCAAGGUGGCGAAGCAAUGGAAGAAGAAGAUGAGGAUUAAAAAUUUAAACUUUCCAUGAAUUAAGAAUCAGAUUAUUUUUAUGAUUAAAAUGGAAGAGGAUUUUAAUGUUUGCUAAAAGAGUUUGCAAAAUUAUAAAUUUCCAUAAUAUUCAGCAACAUUUAAUAGAUUUAAAAGUUACAUUAUUGAUCGGCUGACUGUAAGUAUUAAGAGCGUUAAUUUUUCUAACGUUUGUCAUUUGUCAAGCUAAUAAACGAAAACUGUAUACUACACACUUGCAGUUACUGAGUAAAAAGAA